AUGCAGUCAACAGUAUUUUUAUUUCUGGUCACAUCUGUUAUUGGCACAGUUCAAUCACAGACAUGGGCUGGCACUUACACACCCGACUCAACUUGCAGUACAUCAGCUUGCUGCUGUUUGAGUGGACAGGUAGUAGUAACAUCUGCUUCGGCAAAUACUUAUACAGUCAACUCCGGCACGAAUGGUGUAUGUGGUGGUGUUAAUACAUUCACAGGUACCGCUCAUACAGAUGGAUAUACAGGUUGGAUGGUAGUGACCGACAAUAAUACACUCACACUUAGCUCCGAUAGUAACACCAUCAAUGUAAUCAGUCCUUCGAACGCAGCAUGCAGUGGUCAAGGAGUCAAGAGUGGUGUUAUCAAACAGCAUCCUAAUAUUAUAAUGUUAUUUGCUAUAUGUUUAAUCAUAAAGCCAUUACAAACAUCUCUUUUAUCGGAAUCUUUCGUAUUUUAUAUAAUUUUUUUAUAUAAUAAUUAUAAAAAUCCUAAUGGAACAACAGUAUUUAUUCCUGCUUUAUUUGUCGACAAUCGAUAUAUGAUUAUUUUAUUAAUAUUCGUAAAUGCUAUUUUUCGAUCAUUUUAUUGGACAGAAUAUUUUAUUGGUAUUACAGCUGGUUAUAUAUUUAUGAAAUUAGAACAAGCUAAAAUUAUUUGA